AUGAUUUGUUUAUCUCUAUCUUCAUUUCGUAUAGUUUCAAAAGGACGGUUGUACACAUAUGAAAUGCGUUUAACGAGUAUUAUAUGGUUUCCACUCAAUAUUUCAGGUGGCUCACCCAAUUACACUAGAGUACCGCAGUGCAAUCCAGAUGGUACUAAUAUUACGCUUUCUUCUACUGUUAUCGCGUUUGACGGAGUGCGCAAUCUGUUUUAUAUUACUGGCUAUGAGAAUCCCAGUCUUCUUAUUAUUAUGAAUAUAACUGGCGAUUGUAUGGUAAUGAUAACCAAGAGUAAUCUCAUACUAACCAAUGGCUUAAUGUUAACACAUCCAUGCUCAAUUCUUGUUGACGAGACAUCAGGUUCCUUCUACGUAUUAGAUAUGGCACUGAAAAUCAUGGCGAAGUUCUCAUUCGGUUCUAUAACAGGCACUAUAAUCAUAAGUAAUUUAUUAAACAACAUGGACCCUACUGGCUACGGCAGUUGUGGGAUAAUGAUGCUUGAUUCGUCUGGACAGCUAUACAUGACUGAUUUUAAUCGGCCCCGAGUCGUUCAGUUACUCAAUGAUAAAGGUGACAUGCGCACUGUUGCAGGCAUGGGAUUUGCUGGUAAUUCUAAUAAGCGUCUUCAGCGUCCAAGGCAUUUCGGCUUUGAUGCUCACCACAAUCUUUAUGUUAGCGACGGUCCAAACCACAGAACAACCGAUCGCACGUCUUUACGACCUUGGUUCAAAUAUCUCAAACUUCUGCUCACUGCUUUGGUUAAAAUACCGUGUGCACCUACACAAACCGUUUGGCGUGGAGUACGAAAGAAUGUCGACGAUGAAUUCCCAAAAGGAGCUGAAGUAACGUGGUGGUGUUUCUCAUCCACAACAAUAUCACUAGAUCUAUUGAAGAGCGAUGUUUUUUUGGGAACCAUCGGAGAAAGAACCAUUUUUUCCAUUGAAGUUAUUAAUGGUAGGAGUAUCAAGGAUCAUUCAGAGUAUAACAAUGAGGGGGAAGUUUUACUAUUACCUGGAACAUAUAUGGAAGUACAAGCACAAUUAAAUCCAGCUUCCGAAUUACACAUCAUUCAUUUGAAACAGAAGAUACCAAAAGAAUUACUCCUUGAACCUCCAUUCGAAGGCAUUUAA